AUGGCCCAGAUCUAUUUGCUAGUGGCAGGACUGAUGCUCUGCUCCAUCCCUGCUUGCUCUCUUGGCUGGAACUUGCCUAGAAGCCAUAGCCAGGAAAACAAGGACGUCUUCCAACAUUUGCAACAGAUGCAAAGGAUCCCCUCACAGUGGUGCCUAAAGGACAGAACCGACUUCAAAUUUCCUUGGAAAAGAGAGAAUAUCACCCCAAUCCAGAUGACUCAAGGCACCUGUCACCACCACCUGAUGCUCCGGCAGAUCUUCAACCUCUUCACCACGGAGGACAGCCAUGCUGCCUGGAACAACACCGUCCUCCAUAAACUUCUCUCUAGCCUUCAUCUGAGGCUGCACCGACUAGAGCAGAUGAAACAAGACAAUCUGGAUUGUCGAGAUUUGGGACUUGCUGCCCGGGAGUAUUUCCAUGGAAUCCAUGCCUACCUGAAGGCAAAGGAAUACAGCCCCUGUGCCUGGGAGGUUGUCAGAGUGGAAAUUGAAAGGUGCCUUUCCCUUAUGUAA